ACAUAUCAUAUAUAUAUAUAAAUAUAUAUAUAUAUAUAUAUAUAUUAUGUCUUUAUGAAUGUACAUAUAAUUUUUUCUAACGCGUAGUUUGAAGAGAAUCACAAGCCUUAUAUGACCUCUUGUUUUGCACUAACUAUGUUUUUCUUCCGAUUUUCUGUUAGUUUGACACGUUGGUGUUCAUUUCUCAAGUCAUCUAUUCGUUGAGAGCGUUUAGUUUGAGUCUAUGGAAAGCCAGUUUAACGGGGGAAUGUGAAAAUAUUAUUUGUCUUCACAUGUCGCGAACAACCACACGUGAAUAUGUGCUUCGAGUUUUCAAUCUAUUUGUUAUAUCUCGUAGACACAAUUUUUAUAUUUGCAAGGAUCAAUGUUUGUAAGACCAUAGAACACAUUUAGUAUUUGUGCUAUCCCCUUCAUUUCAUGCAAUAGUUUGGUGGCACAUAAUUUUGUAGAUAUCUGAUUUCCCCUCUGUGUGUUUGUAUGUACGUCUCGUGUGCAGGUCUCACGCGUUGCUAGAUUCAAAUCUUUUAGCAGAGAUGGAGGCUUGGGUUAAGUAUAUUUGGAUAUAUAAACAUCGGUGUAUAUGUGGACAAUAUAUAUUAUUACACCACACCACAUGAUUUUGUCGAAUUACACUAGUUUAUCCUCUCGAUAAACCCUUUUAUGUUCACUCCAAUUUCACCGAGCCAUCCACUCAAUCAUCCACCUGUCCUAUGUGUACCACUGCAAUACUCUAUACACAGGAGUUCUUGAAGGAGAACUUCCCAGCAGAGGUGAAGGAGCACGGUGUCGUUAUGGGCUACCCAGAUAUGGGUAGCGGCAAACUCAGUCAGAAGCUCGACUUCGCUUCGUGGUACAGCUUCAACAACGCACAGCGCACACACUACAACUAUUUGGAGUCCAUCACCGCCGUAUCUACGCUCACUCUGAUCUCAGGAUUCUUCUAUCCGGCUGCGACUGUCG